GAUCGUUUAUGAAAAAGUUUGUUAUGGUUUAUUGCUCUAUGAAUGGUCUAAUAUUGAUAUUUAGCAGUUUCUACAACAAGAAAUUAGUAAAAAUGGUUUUAUGAUGCAGACCCGACAAAAUUUUUUAAGGAUUUUAAGGUAGUUUUCUUCUACUUCCAAGGCCACAACCUCAAAACAAUAAUGGAAACUUUGGAGAGUCGAGAUCUUCAUUAUGACAGUUGCGAAGAAAAGAACUUCUACCCAGGUCGAACUUCGAAACAGUACAAAACAAUCGGUAUAAAAUACACUGUUAUAUUUUUCAUGAUGGCGCACGCUACUCUGACGUCAUCUUACUUGCCUCCUACAUUAGCGGCUUUCAAAUAUGACGAAAACGAUCCGAAAAGUGUGUUGCCUGACAGGUUGCCGUAUUACAGUUGGAUGCCUUUCAAAUUUGAUACAGCCGGCACGUAUUUGAUAGCUUUAGGUUAUCAGGCUAUUCCUAUGUUUUCUUAUGCCUACAGUAUUGUUGGUAUGGACACAUUGUUCAUGAACAUUAUGAACUGCGUGGGAAUGAAUUUGGAAAUAAUACAGGGCGCUUUUUUGUCUAUAAGAAACAGAGCCGUUAACAAAACCGAGGGGCCUUUGCUGACUCCCGACAAGCUGUACAAUACCGAGAAUCUAAACCAAAAUUUAAAAAUUGAAAUGAAAAAGAUCAGUAUACAUCUUCAGACUGUGUACAAGGUGUGCCAGAAAUUAGAAGACGUGCAUAAAUUUUUAACCCUUGCUCAAACUGUGGCAACACUAUUUAUAAUUUGUUCUUGUUUAUAUUUGGUUUCGUCGACGCCUUUUGGGAGCAAGCAAUUUCUAGCAGAGAUAGUUUACCUGAUCGCCAUGGGUUUUCAGUUAACACUGUACUGUUGGUUUGGUAACGAAGUUACACUCAAGGCCGGCAACAUGCCCUUCUACAUCUGGCAAUGCGAUUGGUUAACGGCCGACAAGGAUUUUAAAAAUUCCAUGGUUCUGAGCAUGGUCAGAUCGAAACGACCCCUUUAUCUUACAGCAGGAAAAUUCGCACCACUCACUUUACCUACAUUCGUAGCGAUACUGAAGGCAUCUUACUCAUUUUUUGCAGUUAUCAAGAACACAAGCGAUUAAAAUGGUGAAAAAAGCUUCUAAUUGCACGCUAUACUUACAAACAUG